GAGGGCCGGGAGAGCGGGGUUCUGGGGUAGUAGCGGCAGCAGCCGGAGGCGAACGGGCAGAUGGGGCUCAGGAGGCGAAGGCCCGCCCGGGACCAGGGUCAGGGGCUGCGGGGGGGACCGGGGCCGUUUCCGGGGCCACCGCAGCCGCGGGAGCGGGGACCGGCGCUUCCUCCAUGUUCGCCGGGUUGCAGGAUUUGGGGGUGGCCAACGGCGAGGACCUGAAGGAGACAUUGACCAACUGCACCGAGCCCCUCAAAGCCAUCGAGCAGUUCCAGACAGAAAAUGGUGUCCUACUGCCAUCAUUACAAUCUGCUCUGCCUUUCUUGGACCUGCAUGGGACACCUCGGCUAGAGUUCCACCAGUCAGUCUUUGAUGAGCUAAGAGACAAGUUGUUGGAGAGAGUGUCUGCCAUUGCUGCUGAAGGAAAGGUUGAAGAAAGGUACAAGAAGCUAGAAGAUCUCUUGGAGAAAAGUUUUUCCUUGGUGAAAAUGCCCUCACUCCAGCCAGUAGUGAUGUGUGUAAUGAAACACUUGCCAAAGGUUCCUGAAAAAAAAUUGAAGCUGGUGAUGGCUGACAAGGAACUAUAUCGGGCAUGUGCUGUGGAGGUGAAGCGGCAGAUUUGGCAGGAUAACCAAGCUUUGUUUGGGGAUGAAGUUUCUCCACUGCUCAAACAGUACAUUUUAGAGAAGGAGAACAUCCUCUUCAGCAAUGAAGUAUCUGUUCUGCACAACUUCUUUAGUCCAUCUCCUAAAACAAGACGUCAAGGGGAGGUAGUACAGAAAUUGACACAGAUGAUUGGGAAGAACGUGAAACUCUAUGACAUGGUGUUGCAGUUCCUUCGAACCUUAUUCCUGCGGACAAGGAAUGUCCAUUACUGUACCUUGAGAGCUGAGCUGCUAAUGUCAUUACAUGACCUGGACAUCAGUGAUAUUUGCAUGGUGGAUCCCUGCCAUAAGUUCACCUGGUGUCUUGAUGCUUGUAUCCGAGAAAAGUUUGUUGACAAUAAAAGAGCUCGGGAGCUGCAAGGAUUCCUGGAUGGAGUAAAGAAAGGUCAGGAGCAAGUGCUGGGUGAUUUGUCUAUGAUUCUAUGUGAUCCCUUUGCGAUUAAUACCCUGUCCUUGAGCACCAUAAGACAUCUGCAAGAACUGGUGGGUCAGGAAACCUUACCCAGGGAGAGUCCUGAUCUACUUUUAUUGCUAAGAAUGCUUUCCCUGGGACAGGGGGCUUGGGACAUGAUUGACAGUCAGGUCUUCAAGGAGCCAAAAAUGGAGGCAGAGCUGAUCACUAGGUUUUUGCCAAUGCUUAUGUCUUUUGUGGUGGAUGAUUAUACUUUCAACGUAGAUCAGAAACUACCAACAGAAGAGAAGGCAUCAGUCACAUACCCUAAUACCCUUCCUGAAAGCUUUAUCAAGUUCUUGCAGGAGCAUAGGAUGGCUUGUGAAAUGGGGCUUUAUUAUGUCCUUCAUAUAACAAAGCAAAGGAAUAAAAAUGCUUUUCUCCGACUUCUGCCUGGAUUAGUUGAGACAUUUGGAGAUUUAGCCUUCAGUGAUAUAUUUCUUCACUUGCUCACUGGGAACCUUACUCUGCUAGCGGAUGAAUUUGCUGUGGAAGAAUUCUGUACUAGUUUAUUUGAUGGAUUCUUCCUUACCUGCCUCUCAAGAAAAGAGAAUGUACACCGCCAUGUUCUCAGGCUCUUGAUUCACCUGCAUCACAAAGUGGCUCCUACUAAAUUGGAGUCCCUCCAAAAGACUUUGGAACCUACUAGUCAGAGUGGGGAGGCUGUGAAGGAUCUUUACAAUCAGCUUGGAGAGAAACUGGAACACCUGGAACAUUGCAAACCUAGUCCAGCCCAGGUGGUUGAAGCUCCUGCUUUAGAGCUACCCCUUCCUGCUGUCCCAACCCCAGCAACCCUUUGAGGUGUUUUAACCCUGGACUCGGUCAUGGUUAUGGUACCUGAUGACCUCUAAGUUUCCAUAGCCUGUGAAGGUGGGGGAAUUGUUUGUCAUCACUACACUGUGAAGAAUUUCCUGAGGACUUUACAUUGAACGCUGAAGUGUUACAAAGUCUGCAGUUAAUAACUCUUAGCUUUCUUGAGGCCAGUGGGAAGGGUCUGAGGAAGGGUCUGAAAAGUGUGUGUGUGUGUGUGUGUGCGUGUGUGUGCGCACAUACAAGAAAUUUCCUCAUUAGGGAAUGAGAUGGUGGAAGAUAAGAAUUGUUCACCUCUCUUAACCUGAGCUAUUCAGAAGUGGUCAUGGUGGUUUCAAUGAAGUGUUGGGUGAGUGUCCAUGAUAAAAAUGAAAUGUCAUAGGGUCUCCAUGAACCCCUUUGGUAGAUGAGUACAGAAUUGAAUAAUCUUGUAGUCUAGGCUUAGAGGGAUUGGAAUUAUUUGAAAUUAUUUCUUUAGAAUUCUAUUCAUUAUUCCAGCUCUAGCCUACUAUGUAACCUUUAUGUAGGCAACCUCUGUGCCUUAGUCUCUCCAUCUGUGAGAUGAAGAUGAUAUCUCGUACUCCUUUAGGACUAGGUCAUUCUUUAAUGGUUGGUGAAUUUAGAGAGUUUUUUUAAAAAAAAACUCCUUCCCCUGCUCCCCUCCCCCCCUUUUUAAUCCUGGGGAAGCCUCUCAGGUUAGGAGGAAAAUAUUUAAAAAUUUCCUCCCUCCUCCUCCCCCCCACCCCCCCCCCAUCCCAACUUAGUGUUGCUGCUGGAUUCCUUGAAUUGGGUCAUAGAACCAGAAGAUACUUUGAUUUAUCACUCUCUGACAGAUCUCUUUUAGACCUCAGCCUUGAUGUUGUGUUUUAUACUUUGUCUUUUGUGUGUGUGUGUGUUUAAAAGACUUGAUGUCUCUGUCUCACUCAAGCUGUAAAAACAGCAGCCCUUCACAAUAUGACUUGGCUACUGAUAAGAUUGGAAGUUUUGACUUGCUCUGUUCCUCAUCUGGAUUAGUUCAUCCCUCCCUAGGCAGACUUGUGACUCUCUAUUUCCAGGGACUCACCAUAUUGGUGCCAGACAGUACAGACACCUAUAAACUUUAACUCUUCCUACUGCAGUUUAGAUCUCUGGAACUCGAGUGAUCCACCAUCCUCAGCCUCCCCAGCAGCAGUGGCUAUAUGUGUGUAUGCAUUCAGCCUCUCAGAAGUCUUAUGUGUUUUCUUACAAUUUUAAAUGCCUUGGAAAACUUAUUGGCUUCUGGUUUUUUUGUUUGUUUGUUUUUGUUACUAUAAUAAAGAUGGAAGAACAGUAGUUACUUAGGUUAAAAAGGCACCUUCUAUCUUAAGCAAGAAUAGAAUAAAUCAUGUGCUCAUACGAUGUUCUCAUCUUGGUGGUGUCUGAGCCGAACCUUGGAUACAUCCUUUAAUGAAAGGAAAUAAGACACUUAGGCCUCACAAAGACUUAGAGAACUAAACUAUAAGCUGCCUCCUGAAUCCCCACAUUGGCAAUUUUUGGGACCUGACAAAAGAAUGAGACUUUUUCUAUCUAAUUCCUCAAGAGGUUAUGGGGCUUUUGAAUUCACAGUCAAACCACAUUAGUUUGAGGGGGAAUAUGCCUUGAAAUGGUGAACAUUUAUCUUUACUGUCAAGGAAAUAGUCUAGUACUUUUCCAGUAAAUACUGGAAACAGUGCUAAAUUUUGAGGCAUUGUUAAGUAGGAUUACUUAAACAUUUGAAAAUUAUAUAUAUAAAAGCAAGUGCUUCUGUAAUGAAAAUUUGUUCUCAGGUUGGUCACUUUUCUUUCUCUACCAACAAUUUUUUACCCUAGUAAUUUGCUCAGCAAGUCCUUCAUAAGUUUACAAACCUAUGUAAAAUGGACUUCAUUUCAGGCCCAUCCAUCCCACAUUUUCAUUUUGGCCCCAGUGAUUGAAGUGCUGUACUUGGCCACCUCUUCAGUCGCUACAGUGAUUCUGCUACCAUGUGCUUAGCUAAAGACAACAGCCACAAAAUGGUCUAGAAGACGCUUUCCCAGCCUGCUUCUGAGAAGUUGAGCAUUAAAUGACCAUAGCAGGGGCUCCUGAUAUAGCUGAACUUGCAUUGUUCUCUGACAGCUAGUAGGCAACCUGUGCCCAUCAGGUGUGUGGGAGGGCUGGGAGCAGAAAGGGCAUCAUUGUUACCACAGAAAAUGGCAGGACAAUAACAGUGCUGGGCAAGAGCUCCUGAGGAGUAAAGCAGGGAGAGGUAGAGCUAGGUCUGCUUCAGAAUGGCAGCAUUGUGCCACCCACAGCCACAUUUCCUCUCAUGUUUUGGGUUCAGAAGUCCCCAAACCUCCAUCAGUUUGAGGCUUUGCAUGGCUCCUGCCCUAGAGUAGCUUUUCUCUGGCAGUGUGUUCUUCUGCAGCCCCUAUCUGCUUUGAAGUGCUAAUAGAAGGACUUUGAUGUCAUGAUAUAAGGAAUAUCAAGUGAGAAAAUACAUAUCAGGUCAAAUCUGCCCUAGUCCUAGAGAAUCUCCUUUGGCACUGAGGUACAGUGACUUGCCCAGAGUCAUACAGCCAAUAUGGGGGAUUGACUGUAAUAAUAAUAGGGGAUUUGGACUAGGGUCUUCUGGUUCUGAGGUCAACACUAUCUAUUUUACCACACUGCCUCUAGGAUUCCAAAUGCACAUGAUAAAAGCUGAGAUGCUUAUUCUCCCACAAUCAUGUAAAUGGAUGCUGAUUGAGUUUUAUCAGCAUGGCUGAUAAUGAUGAAAAUAUACCAACUAUACUCUUUACUUUGACUGACUUUGUAGAUCUGGUUUUGCACAGGUACCUGCUGAAAAUAAAUAAGGUCUUCUAAUGUUCUUUGAAUAUCUUGUAUAAAUGAGACAAUUUUCUGAGGGGAAAAUUGCAUAAAUAAUUUUAUUAUUUUCAUUUAUGUAGAUGAAAGUAGUUUUAGUAAAUAACCUACGGAACAUGUUUUUUUUAGGCAUGAUAAUCACAUCAGACAGGAAAGUUGGUUGUUUCAGGGGAAAAGAGGACUGGACCAGUUUCUAAGUGACUUGCAAGUUUUGGCUCUGCCACAUCUCUGUGUUCUUUGCUCCUAUUCCUCUAAGUACUAUGGGUCUCGGUGUCCUUUGCUUUAAAAAAAAAAUAAAUAAAUAAAAAUUUGGACUGGGUGAUUUUGAAAAGACCUUCCAGGUUGGACAUUUUAUAAUUUCUUGAGUCGGAGGGUUUGACUACAGAGAGCCAAUUGAAAAAACCAACUUGGGGUAGCCCUCUAGUUUGUAUUUUGUAGUUAAUGCUGUCAUAUAAACUAUUUAGUGUGUUUGUGUUUGUAAAUGUGCAUGUGCUGGCAUGUACAUGUGUAAUUAGCACUGAUUAUUAAUAGUUUCUUCCAAACUGCCAGGGUCUGCAUGAUACACUUAAUUUCUCAAGAGCCAAAAAUUCUAAUCCCUAAGGCAGAUUGCAAGGGAGAAUCUUGAUUCUUCC